CACAGACACACAGACACACAGACACACACACAGACAUACACACACACACACACAGAGCAGACAGCAGGCUGUAAAGCGGUUCCUUAUCUCUGAACUCUGAAGUCGAGUCCGAUCCCAAGGGAGCGUGAACGGAGCAAAGAGCCAAAAGAAACAAUAGAAAAGAGGAGUGGAUAUUUUGAGUGUUUCACACACUUUAACGGUCAUAAUUCCUCCCGCCUGAAGCCGCGAUGGCGCCGGCGCUCGGCGGCGUGUGCGUCACCGUGACGCUCCUCGUGUGUGUUCUCGGAGGCCGAGCCGUGGACCUGCAGAGGCUGACCGCAGCAUCGGUGGACCCCCCCUCCACUCCCUCAGACCCCCCCCCCACUCCCACGGUAGCCUGUUGGUGUGCGAGCUACCCCAACGUGACUCUCUGCUCCUGGCCUGAACCCGCCGGAUCCCCACCGACGCGCUACGUCGCCACUUACAGCGAGAGGCGCACACAGCUGCUCACCAGGCCGUGCCGACUCAUCCGACCCGGCUCCGCAUCCUCCGACCUGGUUCCGGCUCCGUGGGCCUCGUCUCAGAAGCUCUGGCGCUGCCAGCUGCCCGACCUGAAGCUCCUCACUGACUACGUCCUGAACGUCACAGCCGUGUCUUCAGCCGGGAGCAGCUCUCAUCUCUCCAGCUUCAUGUUGGAGGAUAUCGUGAAACCAGACCCCCCCGUGGAGGUCCGGGUUUCCCUUCCCGACUCCAGAAACCUGCUGGUGGAGUGGUCUCCUCCCCCGACGUGGACCAACCUGGACAUCUUCCCCCUGAAGUACCUGAUCCGGUACCGGUGGGAGGACCGGGGCAGCCUGAAGUCUGUCAAUCUGGGUCCCUUCGAGAACACCAGGAAGCAGCUGAAGGGGCUGGCCUCCGGGAGGACCUACCUGUUCCAGGUGUGCGCUAUGGAGCUGCUGGGUCUGGGCGCGUGCAGCAGCUGGAGCUCACCUGUGGAACACAGCAUCCCAAAGGCCGGACCCUUGAGGCUCCCUCACACCUCCUGAUUCAGGCUCUCCUUGAAGCUGCAGAACGUGCCCGAGCAAUGCAUUUAUUUAUUUAUAAAGGAGGACAAAGUGUAUAUUAUAUGUACAGUGUACAAUCUGCAUUUUCCAUUGAAUACUGUAUUGUUUUGUUAAACUACAGAAACCAAACUGUAAGACAUUGUGAUCCUUUUUUUUUGUUGAAAAAUUGAAUAUAAAAAAUAAAAGUACA